UCAUUCAGAAAUGCAUAUCUCUGAAUUUUCUUCAUUACUUGUUGGCUUCCAGCAUGAUACAUAUCAUCGUGCCACAAAUCUCUGCGGAAAACAACUUCUAAAUUUCAUUAUUUCCACUAAUUGGAACUUUGGAUAAAAAUCUGAAAACUUCCACUAAAUGCUAGUCUCUAAUUAACAGUAACAUUCUUUGAACCUGAGUUGAGUACUUUAGUAUCUAUCUCUUUGCUAGUCAAACUCUCUCGCAUAAUCUACACGGUAGGAAAAAUCAAUACUUUGAAAAUCAAGGCACCCCAAGACCUAUAAAUAAGAGGCCACUGACACAAGCACCCUAUUGCUCCAACACAAGAAUUCAAAACAUGAAGUCUCUCCCUUCACUUUGCUUCCUUUGCCUUUGCAUUUCACUUUUCCCCUCUUUCUCCUCAUCUGCCAUACUAUUUCAGGGUUUCAACUGGGCAUCAAGGGAAAAGGCAGGAGGAUGGUACAACUUCCUAAAGACCAAGGUCCCUGACAUAGCAGAUGCUGGAGUUGACUAUGUUUGGCUUCCUCCUCCCUCUAACUCUCACAAUGACGGUCCUCAAGGUUACUUGCCGAAGAGGCUAUAUGACCUGGACACAUCAAAGUAUGGCAACAAGGCGGAAUUGAAGUCCCUAGUGGCUGCAUUCCGUGAAAGAGGAGUGAAAUCCAUAUCGGACAUAGUCAUAAACCACAGAACAGCAGAGAGGGUAGACAACAGAGGACUUAGCAUCUUCGAAGGUGGUACUCCAGACAACCGUCUGGACUGGGAUGUCUCCUACAUUUGCAGCACCGACACUCGUUUCAAUGGUACAGGAAACCCCGACACAGGUGAUGACUGGUGGGGUGCUCCUGACAUCGACCACACCAAUCCCAAGGUACAGCAAGAGCUCUCAGAUUGGAUGAACUGGUUGAAAACAGAGGUUGGUUUUGUUGGAUGGAGAUUUGACAUGGUUGUUGGGUAUGCUCCAAGGUUCACCAAAAUCUACAUGGAGAAAACCUCACCUGAUUUUGCAGUUGGGGAGCUUUAUCAGAAUGUAACAAGAGGACAAGAUGGAAGACCCUUAGCCAAUCAGGACAAGCACCGUUCCACCUUGGUGAAGUGGGUGGAUGAUGCAGGUGGUGCUGUCACUGCUUUUGACUUCACAACCAAAAUGGUUCUGGGUGCUGCUGUCCAAGGUGAACUCUGGAGGAUGAAGGAUGCUAAUGGCAAGCCACCAGGUAUGAUUGGAACAAAGCCAUCUAAUGCUGUUACCUUUGUGGACAACCAUGAUACCUGGUCUCAGAGAACUUGGCCUUUCCCAGAUGAUAAAGUCAUGUUGGGUUAUGUUUACAUUCUCACUCAUCCUGGUCACCCUACAAUUUUCUACGAUCACUAUAUCGAAUGGGGGCUAAUGGAACCAAUAAAGAAAUUAACAGAAAUAAGGAAAAGGAAUGGAAUUAAGCCUACAAGCACAGUGAAUAUUCUGGCUGCUGAAGCUGAUCUCUACAUGGCUGAGAUAGACAACAAGAUCAUUACGAAAAUUGGACCUAAACAAGAUCUUGGGAAUCUUCUUCCACCAAACGUUCAGGUUGCUACCAGUGGACAAGACUAUGCUGUGUGGGAAAGAAAGUGAAGCACAAAAAAUUGAUCAUAUAUAUGUAUUUUUAGUAUUUAAUAUUUAAUAAAGUAAGACAUAGCAAGAAUAAUAUGGCAUGCCCAUUGUAGAAAAGCUAGAAAUAAAUCUUUGUGGGCUAUGUACAAAAUGGCUGAUAGCCAAUAUCAUGUGUGUUGUUGGAUGAAUAAUGUUCAUUGAAAGUUAUAUCAA